ACCUCUUGGAUGAUCCCACGAGUUCCCAAGAUGCACAAGUAAAGCAAAAGAUUCUGGAGGAGAUCUUUGGGCAAGAUGGACUUCUUUCGGGCAAGACGUGCGUAUUUGUGACACACACUACGCGACUUCCAUUUUCCAUUCAUCAAUGGCUGCUCAUGACUAACCGUAGUGCCGUGCCCAUCAAUGGUGUCGGGAAGGUGACAGGGCAGAAAGCGGUGCCUUUCGAUCACUUGGACGAAGAAAACUUUCCCGCUCUGCCGUGCAAAGCUGAAGAUUCAAGGUCGCGUCAGCCAACGACCACAACAGAUGCAGUGAUGUUUGCGAAAGAAGGAAGAGCCAUCUCAUAGAGGCUUUCUGAAUGUCUGCGUGGCGUACUUCAAGUACUCUGGAAUAUGCGCAGGGCUUGCCCUAAUUUGCUUCGCGGUGAGUGGAGUGUUCAUAGCCUGCCAGCUCUUCUGCAUCAAGGAAUGGUCGACACUCAAAAUAAGCAAAACCAUCGACAACCGCACCUCUAGCCGAAUCAUUCUCCAGAGGCUAGCAAUCUACUGCCUUGGAGAUGUACUGUGCAAGCUUGCCGCCGGCAUUCUCUUAGCACGAGCAGCAUGGCGUUGGUCCACCCGCCUUCACAUCAACAUGCUGGAGAGGAUUGUAAGGAGUCCUCUUUCUUUUUUCGACGCGACACCUCGUGGGAGGAUUCUGAACCGUUUCACAGUUGACCUGGAAACUAACGAUGUCCGCAUCUUCGUGGCUUACAAGCAGCUACUCCAAAACCUCUUCUGCAUCCUCGGAAGACAGGCUGUUAUUGGAUUCCAGGCACCCGUCGUCUUUGGCCUUGCUUGUGUCACUGAGAUUUUUCUGCUGAUUAUGAUGCGUUACGGCUUACACGCCGUAAUCGUGGGACGCUUUUACGAGAGCACGAGGUUGUCCCGAGUGCUGCAGCACCUGGCCGAAACGCUUGAAAGCUUGAGCUCGAUACGCGCAUUUGGUGUGGUAGAAAACUUCUGCGCCGUCUUUAGGCGUCUUAUGAAUGAAUACCUAAGAGGAUUUCUUUUGUUCAUCCUUUGCUACGCGUUCAUCCGCUUCCUGGUUACGCUCAGUGCCCAGACGGUCGUAAUCGCCACCGCAGUCAUUGUUGUUGUCCCAGCACAAGGCGAUGCUGCAUCUGCAUCUACCGUGGGUCUCUCUCUGCUGUCAUCAUUGACGGUGCCUUUCGCUAUCACAGGAGUUUUUUUGGUCAUAUUUUGGAUGUCCCAGGGUGAUGUGGCCUUUAAACGUGCACUAGAAUACACCGAGCUACCUGAAGAAAAAGCAAUCGCAUCUGAAGACACUUGUUUCAGUGGGGUCAAAGAUUUCGGGUCUCCUGGAGUCUUCAUCAAGCCGAAUUUUGAGCGUUGGCCUUGUCAUGGUGCAGUGCAAUUUGAUCACUACAGCGCUUCGUACAGACCGGGUAUAACCGAAGAAGCCAUAAAGGGUAUCUCAUUCAGCGUCCAGCCCAGAGAGAAGGUAGCUAUCGUGGGCAGAACUGGUGCAGGGAAAUCCUCCAUUAUAUUGGCGUUGCUGCGUAUGAUUCCGAGCACAUCAGGUUCUAUCACCAUUGACGGAACUGACAUUUCUCGCGUACCACUGAAGACACUUCGCUCUGCAAUCAGCGUCAUUCACCAAGACCCAUCUCUCUGGUCGGGAACGUUGCGUGAAAAUUUGGACCCCGAGUGCUGCAGCUCAUAUGGAGAGAUCUGGAGAGUUCUUCGAAACGUCGGCUUGAGUACAUUUGUCGAAAAUAGCAUCGGUGGCCUCUCCCUACUCAUAGGAGAAAAUGGUGGAAACUUGAGCGCCGGCCAACGUCAACUGGUGGCGCUCGCUCGCGCUCUCCUGAGACGGACGAGGAUUGUGGUUUUUGAUGAAGCCACGUCACAAAUGGAACCGGAGACGGAUCGCAGAGUGCAGGCAACUCUGCGAGAAAGCUUUGCCCAAUGCGCCGUUAUUACAGUGGCGCAUCGCAUUGAUACCAUACUGGAUUACGACAGGGUGGUCGUGUUGAGCGAAGGCCAAGUCUUGGAGUAUGGAUCGGUUCGGCACCUCCUGGCAGACCAAAGUUCUAUCUUUCGUAGCAUGGUGCAAUGUUCCGGCAUAGAUCCGGAUUUGAAAUUGCAGGAGUGACAUAUGAAAUAAAUCAAUACAUAGAUUCAUAAAACGAUGUUCGUUUCCGCAAUUUAUUAUCAACAACUUGACAUCCGCUGGUCGCUGAUUGUAGCAAAAUUACCUGAUAGUCUUUAAGCACGCCCUUGCUCGCUUGUAUUGAAGAACUUUCAAAGUACAGUCGAAUAAAAACGCCUGA